UGUCGUUUUAAUAGGCCUACAUUCGGUAGGCAACAUAUAUCAUUAAACAUUUGCUUCACUGGCUUUCCAACAAUGGGCUUUCCUGUAGCCUAUACCAGCAUUAGCCAACCAACCAACAACGUAGGCUAUGUGUUUUGUUUGGAGUUGCCAGGAUAUCUUGCCCAUGCGGACAUAUUUGACUUCUCUGGAGCUGUAGAUCACUUCGGCCAAAAUGGUCAUGAGUUCUCACGAUUUAAUAACCAUUAAUGUUGGAGGUCAAAGAUUCACUACCACUGCAUUUACUCUCAGAAAGCACCAAGACUCAAGACUCGCACGGAUACUGGAUGGCAAAGACCCUGAACACAAGCUAGUGAAUGGGCAGAUAUUCAUAGAUAGGGACUGGACUUUGUUUAAAUUAAUCCUGGAAUACUUGAGAGCUGGCCAGAUCUCUCUGCCGGCUGAGUUUAGUGACCACGAUGGACUGGCACGGGAGGCGGAGUUCUACGGAUUGCAUGUGUUGGUGCACGGUCUUUCCAUAACCCCGCGUUCCAAAGUCGAACUCCUCGAAAUCCGCUUCUCUGUUCAAGAGUCUCACGGAACCUUCCGAGUAUUCUGCUCCAGCAACAGAACUCUGGAGACUUUGGCCUCUAGAAUUUCCGUUUUUGUGGAACACCCCAACCUGAGAGGGAAUCUUCCACCACAGACCCAGAAUUCAGACACACCCGUGCCGGUUCAAAGGCCCUCUCAUCAUGACCUGGUCUUUCACUGUGGGACUGACCACUUUGCCAGGGAUGACUUCUCAGCUAGAUUUGUGACCAUAAAGCCGGACGAGAGAAAACUCCUGAACAGCAGCAACGUCCUGGGCCUGCUAGUGGACACCCUGCUGAAGGAAGGGUUUCAUCUCGUCAGCACCAGGACCAUCUCCCAAGACGAGAAGGUGGAGUGCUUCACAUUCGAAAGACGCCAGAAUACCCACAUCGUCCUGUCCAAUGAGAAUCACAGCAGAGAUGAUGACCUCAGAAGUGAGGCAAUGAUGGCACAAAGCAAGAAGACCAACAGGAAGAAGUGAUGCCAGAAAUGAAGGUCCAAGGCUCGACAAAGGCCUCCUAUUUUUUUUAUAGCAAUGCUCUCAUUGGAUCCGAUCAGAUCCAUAUUGGUUUUUGUAUGUUUAUUGGCUAUAUCCUAUCAGCUUCUUCACCAUCCUGUUUGAAUAUAGAUUAACAGAGGAAGCUCCUUUAAACUGAGGAAAUGGGAAGUUCUCACUCAGCCUCACUUGUUGUGACCAGAGAUCCCCAUGUUUACCAGUAGGGGGCGAAAUAGAAUGAUUAAUAAUGGAACAGCCUACAGUGAGCCAUAAAACCAAUCAAAAUGAUUCUUUUGAGAUCCUUAUCAUUUAUGAUUACAUAACUGAAUGUAAAUAGCAUCAUCUAUUUUAUAGAGUGUACAGGUAAAGUCAUGCAAAUGCUAGUUAUGUCACAGUGCAAUUAGAUCACAAAUAUGAAAUCAAUAACAAAAGGUUUGAACAAUAUAACAAACCAACCCAUAGUGCAUGUUUAUUAACAAUUGUUUGAAAUUAGGCUACUUGACAGAUUUUAUAUUUCACAAAAAUAAGAAGUUCAUCUGUCAUCCUGUAUACAGUACACAACCUUGAGCUGCAGUAGAGGUGGUGUAGAGAUGAUGAUGCUUUCUUGGUCUAAUGUAGACAUGUUGGCCUUUAAUACAUAUUUAAAGAAAAACAAACCCUACAACACAUUGUAGAUGUUCAUGUCCAGUGUCUCGGUUGGGACAGAAGCUUGGUCAACCAGGUGACUACCUCCAACGAAGUCCACGUUCAAUGGCGACACUUUGCUUGAACAGCACAGUCAAUACUGGAGGCUUCAGAAGUGGUUUAACUCCAAUAUUUACGUGCUGCUACAGCAAAGUGGCCAGUCUCUUAUCGAAGACGUCUUUCCAUUCAAGAACAUUAUGAAAUAAAUGAACAGAGAUAAAAGUGAAGUAUUCAGGAAGCAAAUACAAUGAAAUAUAUAUGAUAACCAUGAUGUUUGACUGUGUGUGUAUGCUGCAGGUAAUUCAUUUGUCCAAUGGACACAUUUUGCUUACACCCACCCACCUGUCACGCCAUUAUCUUUUUCUCCAGGUGUUACUGCAACAGCACAGGAAGGCCUGCAUCCCAUAAUACACACACAAACCAUUCCGCGCUGCUUCAGCACCACAAGGCCACACACACACACACACAUACGCCUCUCUUUCAUGAAACUUUGCAAAGCUAAAAAUUGUUAUAAAUCUGGAACAUCAGAGAGUUUUGUCUGGAGAGUUUUGCUUCAAUAAAUCUGGAAAGGAAAACGCAAGAGAUAAGGUUAUCAGGUAGAUUGUUAGGAAUACCGCCAUGAAGAAAGUAGUUACACAUACUUUUGAAUAAAAAAGGUUUCCCUUAUUGUUGACAGUUGGAUUGUAAUCCCUCUGGCAACAGCGUCCGUGGUGAUACAAGUCAAAGACGCGGGGCGAGACCUUUGAACAAGUGAAUGGAUAUAUCCAUUUAAGUGCGUGAAGAUUGUCCAAUACAGUUAGAACAGCCAUAUCCCGUGAAUGCAGUCCAGAAAUUAAAUAAGUAGACAUUCGUUUCUGUGGAUGUGGUUCGAAGAACUCGUCUUUUUAGUUGUGGUAGUCGCGUACCGUAUUUAUAGGCAGAUGCGCCAGUGUAGCGAGGGCGAGAGGCGGAGCGGUAUGGGGCUAGUUGGAGGGAAACUGGCAAGCGCACGAGAUUCGGUGAGUAGAACCGGUUACAGGAGAACCGCCCACCAAUUUACAGUAGACGGACCCUUAAAUAUCAUCCGCCCUACUAUACGUUUACAUGAAUCACGUGUUUUUUAACAAGUGAUUAUUGCAAGUUGUGAGUCCUAA